AGUAAUGCAGAGUAAGGAAACAGCACAAUUCUUGCUUUGACAGUUCUUGAACAUUUGACCAUUUUUAUUAACAACUAAGUAUAAAGAAAACAGACAUGACAUACGAUGGGCUUCACCUUCCAUCUCAGGACAUUUAUACCACAAUUGAGCAACAUCAGACAGACACUGAAAGGGAACAAGGGACUCCAGGUCUGAAUAGAGUACAAGGCGAUAAAGAGAAGUCUGGCAAAGGAUGCACAAAACUGCUAAUUAUUUGGAUUGCAACAGUCAUCACCCUACUGGUAGUAAUUUUAAUUUUGAGUAUUUUGUAUGCCCAGAGCAUCCAGAGCAAUGGGAUAAUAGUAAUGAUGCCAAGAGGAGGAAGUUGUUUCUUAACAUGUCCUGAUGACUGGCUAAAGUUCAACCAGUCCUGCUACUUCUUUUCAAAUGAUCGCUUCACCUGGAAUAUUAGCAAAAGGUGCUGCAAGACUAAGAAAGCUGACCUGGUGGUGAUUAACAGUAAAGAAGAGCAGGACUUCUUAAGCAGUCACUAUAAGGCCAUAUCCUGGAUUGGUCUUACUGAUAUUGAGAAGGAGAAUGUAUGGAAAUGGGUUGAUGGCACAGAGUACAACAAAGCAACCAGCUUUUGGUGUAAGGGAGAACCCAAAAAUGUGAAAAAGUUUAACAGUCAAGGUGAGAACUGUGCUGCUCUGACAAAAAAUGUAUGUCCCCUAGGCUGGAGUGAUGAUAAUUGUGAUACAUCCUACAACAGAAUUUGUGAAAAAUAUCUCUGUUCAAUGCUUAUGUAAUUCUGACAAGCAGGAAAUGUUGGAAAGUGUGCAUGCUGGUGAGAUAUUUGGCAGCAGUUUCCAAUUUAUACAGCGGCACUGACAACAUUAAAACCAAUUAAACGUAUUAUCACAAAUAACUAGUGUUUGGCUUGUAAUGUAAUUUUAUUCAGUCCUGCACAUACUAUCGAUCUGUAACCAGUACCAUGCUUUGCACACAGUAUGUUGUCAUUUUUUUUUUCUUUUUUACUGACAUUAUCCUGGUUGUAUUUCUUCUACAUUUUCCCAGAAUUGUUAGGGAGAAUAGGACAUACAAUACUUUUGUCUUAACUCUAUUGCUGAUUUUUUCUUUGACUUUCAAACCAAUAAAAUAGUUGUAAAGGAUUUUAUUUAACAAACUAUUACAAGCUGUUUUAUUUAACAAACACUGAAAAAAGUUUAAAUAAAGCUGAUCUUUUGGACUCUUUCUAUAACACAAAUCAUGUCAGAAGUAUACAUUUGUUUUGCCAACAGUCCUGUUUCUACAUAGAAAUUUAUAAAAUUACAUGAAAAAAAAUGAUAACAUUAAAAAUGGUAAGUGUCUACAAAUAAAAAACAGAAUUUCUAGAACAACUAGAAAGACAUAUGAUCAUCAUUUGUGGGUCAAUCUGAAAAACUUGUUGAAGAAGUAUUAACUUUUAUAAUGAGUUCAUUUAAUUUAUCCCUCUCUUAUCUGUGAUGUAUGAUAUAAACAGAAGAUAACAGUAUAUUUCAA